AUGGACCUAAGAGCUGAGGUGUCUUCAUUUUUGCAAAAAAAAGAAAAGAGUUUAUCAGGUGAUUUUGAGAAGACAGAUUUCAUAAUUAAUAUUGCAUAUUUAGCUGAUAUGUUCACAAUUUUAAACGAUUUUAAUCUUUGUUUGGAAGGACAAAAAAAUGACAUGGUCCUGACAAAAGUAUUUGUCGGGACCAUAAUCAUAAUCAUUGUCAGUCUCGUGGCCGAGCGGUUAACGUGUCCGUCUACUACUCCCACGACCUGGGUUCGAAUCCAGCAGGUUCAUCCGGAUAGCCGACUCCCGGCCAACUCAGUCGACUAUCUUUCCGAGGGGGCCAAAAUUGUUGGUAGCGUGGCCAAAAUUAGGCUGGCGACCUUUUUUGAUAUAAAAUGGCGUUUUUUAUGCAAAAGCUGA